UUAUCUACAGGUUGCUGUGCAGAUGGCUGGACACCGUACAGAUCCCAUUGCUAUUUCCUUGCAUAUGGAGUACAGUUGAACUUUGCAGAGGCACAACGUUUCUGCAAAGCUAGAGGUGCAUAUCUUACACGACUUGAUACCUACGCUGAAAAUCUAUUUCUAGGGAUUUGUACAAUGUCCCUAUAUGAACUUAACAUUACAACCAUUACGGGUUUAUCAACAUUUACUCACUUUAUUUCAGCCAUGCACACGUGGAUGGGUUUGUCUGAUCGAACCCAUGAAUCGAUUUGGCGAUGGGCUGAUACAAAUGAACAUGCCACUUUCUCAGAGUGGUUUCCCGGUCAGCCAGAUAAUUUAAAUAACGAAGAUUGUGUUGGCUUUAAUGCAGCAUUUGGCAACAAGUGGAAUGAUUAUCCAUGUCACAGUAAACUUACACCAUUAUGCGAGAGAUCAUAAAUACAUGUACAUGAUAGUUCAUUACCACAACUCUAUUACGCCAGACAAUAGCAUUUCAACAACAAUUUUUCUUCCAACAGAUUAACCUUCGAUGCUUUGAAUGGUUUCUUGAAAACAAAAAACUUUUAGUUUGAGGAAAAGGUCAUUUCCACAUAUUUUGAAACAGAAAAUGUGAGUAAUAAAUUAAACAUUAAGAGCAUUAAAGCAGGUUCAGCAUGUAUCCAGUAAUCAGUGUAUCUAUCAAUUGAAUAAAGUUUCUUUAAUCCCUUGCAA